AUGGACUCCAGCCAUUCAGCCACCGUACCAAGGAACUUCGACUCGAGAAGUGAUGAGGUGAUCAUGACGCCCAAGAAAAGACCUUUCUGUAACGCUUUUACUGGUUGCGGACGUAAACGUUCUCAGUACUCCCCUGGCAUGCCCCUUCAAGAAAUAAUGCGACAGAGACAGUACGUUGACGACGACGUAGUCAGUGCCCUCAUGGACUCUGAGAAUGCUGUAGAUGAGCUGUCCCGUCAGAUCCUCUCCGAAGCGAAGCUCUGGGAAGCAAUUCAAGAGGCAAGCGCUGAAAUAGCAAGACGGAAGCAGAAGGAAUUCUACAAUCAGUAA